AUGACAGACAGAAUGAAAGGGCAGAGCCUCAACGUGAUCGCCGCCUUGGCCCUUGCGAAUGAAACAGCUCUCGAGAACCGCGACCGUUUCGCCUACUUUCGGAGAUGGUCGGACGAGUACGCCGGGGUGCGGACAGCGGGCGUACAGGGGCUGGUGGCCGCGGUGGGAAUUUCCGGGGCGGUGGGGCUGCUCGGAGUCGCCGCGGGACUUGCCAAGGGCAAGGCUUGCUCGCCAUGCAUAAAUCUGCUGCGCCUGACCUGUGCCGUGACUUUCACGACCACCUGGGCGUCGUUCAUCCUGUCGUCCCUGGUCAUCGUUGGCGCCGUCACGUGGUCGGAUGGCUGUCAGUUCUUGAACCUAGCCGCCACUAGAGGCUGGGAGACCGUCGGGGUGGACGGUCUAAGCGCGGCGGUUCUCGAUGGAUGCCUCCGUGGAAACGCCGUGACGGAAGAGUUUAACAUCACGGAUGCUUUGGGGUUCUUCGAGUCGUAUCCUGGCACCGCAGAAGAGGUGGGUGCCCUGAACGCGACCUUCGCGGAGACGGACGUGGAGACGACAAUCUACGCCAUCUCUGACUUCGUCUACUCCCUCAACGCCACGGCCGGCGCCGUCUCCCUCCUCGACUUCUACACCAACGCCGAGGUCAACGGCUCCCUCCUCUUGGAACCGGACUGCCCUUACAAUGUCACCUUCGAAGGCGAGGAGGCCACCGCGUACCUCGGGCGGCCGUGGCUCGCGCUUCCGACGGUUUCGACGGCAGCAGAAACAGUGACGACUGGUGCUACUACAAGCGACGGCGAAGAUGGAGGCGGCGUGGGUAACAGCAGCAGCAGCUACGAUUCGGCCGGCAAUCUGACGACGGUAGACGCGUCACUAACUCCGUGGCAGGCCGGCGGGACGCGCCAGAGUUUCGGGCGGCAAGGAGACGAAACGGCCUUAGACUACAUGUCCCGGGUGUUCAAUUCGUCGGACUGUUCCUCGAUCAACGGCGACCUCCUCUCCGCGUGGGACCUGGCGGCGCGCGAGCGGGCCUACCGAGAUCAGAUGCAGGACGACCUGACAUGCACAACGACAUCGUCGAACGUAGAGUGCUCAAAUUCCUCGUCGUCGUCUUCGCUACGCUCCUCGUUGUCCUCCUCCUCUUCGACGUUCUCCCUGUCACCCUGCUCGUGCACGAGCGACGGCUACACCGGCGCGCCCGACACCCUCCUGGCCUAUUUCAGGGCCUUCGCCGACAACGUCACGGCCCUCCGCGCCGACUUGGCGGGCCUCCUUACCCCGCCUCUGGAAGCGGAAACCGCGGCGUUUUCGGGCCAGGGGGCGCUGGCAAACGCGUCCUCGGACUCCUGGGCGGCACGGUGCGCGUCUCGGUGCUCCUUCGUCGAUUCGCAUUACCGGAACUUCGAGGGCGCGAUGUGCGGCACGGCGCUGGGCGGGCUCGCCCAGGUCGGGUUCUCCAUGUUCAUGAUCGGAGUAGGUGGGCUGGCCCUCGCGGUCACCUCGGGGAUCAUGGUCCACAGGCUCAAGGAGGUGUGGGCGAAGAGCAUGACCAAGGUGCUCAGCACGGAGGAGGACAUCGUGAUGGAAGAGUAUUGA